AUGUACUGGGAUACUGGAAUCGAUACCUAUCACCCUGGCGUAGCUAAUUCAAUAUCUCGAUCUCGAUUUGAACAAAUACUUCGAUUUAUGCAUGUUUCUGAUAACGCAGCUUUAGAUGUCCAGGACAAGUUCACAAAAGUGCGACCUUUAUGGGAGAAACUAAACGAAAAAUGGAUGAAGUAUUGGCCUCAGUAUAACGAAGUUAGCAUCGACGAAUCAAUGAUUCCGUACUACGGCCAUCAUAGUACAAAACAGCACAUUCAUGGAAAACCCAUUCGUUUCGGAUUCAAGUGCUGGUGCAUGUCUACACGGCUGGGAUAUCUUAUACAAGCCAUACCUUAUCAAGGGGCUAGCACAGGCAACACUAAUCUCGAUUUAGGUGUUGGAGGAUCUGUCGUUAUGAACUUGGUGGCCAAAUUGCCUACAGAUUUCCCAUUUCAUGUUUACAUAGACAAUUUUUUUACAUCGUUUAGAUUGCUCAUCGCUUUGAUGGAUUUUGGUCACCAGGGGACAGGAACAAUACGGUCCAAUAGGGUCGAAAAUGCGCCCUUGGAAUCAAUCGCUGACAUCAAGAAAAAACAGCGUGGGAGCUAUGAUCAAAUCAUCGAUGAAACAUCAGGCGUGUCUCUAGUGCGAUACAACGACAAUAACGUUGUUACCGUAGCUUCUACCUGUGAAGGUGUUUCUCCAGUUGGAUCCGCACAGCGAUGGUCAAGUGCUGAAAGAAAAAAAAAUCUCGAUUCAACAGCCCUUUUGUGUUCAAAUGUAUAA